CCUGUGCCUUGGCUCCUGCCGCUUCCUACGCGGGAAACCCGUGGCGUUCCUCCUGCUGUGUCAGCAUCCAGCACGCUGCCAGGCGCAGCUCGAGGGCAGAGUCCAUGACGAAAUUCCUACGAGCUUCUUCUGCCCCGCACCCCACCCGGACCCCUCCGCAACACCUGGCGUCCUCGGCAUUCCUGGGCAGGACCCGUCCCCGCCCCAGCCCUCCCGCAGCUCCUAGGACUGUAGUCUUCGCAGUCAGCACGUCUGCGAUGAGCGUGCAGCGCGUCAACCGUUUGGAUUCUGCGAUGUCCCCGCCAGGUCUGAGCCGGACCCGCGCCAGUACUCGCGAGACUCGAUCCGCGCCCGCCAUAGAGUUGCGGUCCUCCGGGAUCCUAGAGGGGCGUCCCCCCCCCCCGCCCCUACUUCCGGCGCGCGUGCGGCAGGGCGUUGUUCUCCCUCCCGGGGGUGGGUGCUUGCCACCGCCGGUCUCCCUCCCGGGGGUGGGUGCUUCCCACCGCCGGUAGAGUGAAGGGUGAGUGGGGCUAUUUAGCAGGGCGGUCCUGGCUGUUUCCCAAAACCGCCCCUAUCCCGCAUCAGGCCUCCGCGCCGCCUAUCUUUGACCCCUCGGCCACAGGCCGGGCCUCGGCUGUGUCUGGGGCCCUGCCAGCCGCUCCGUAGGUCAAUCCCGCCAUCCGUUUCCACUUGCCCACUCAGCCACCCGCCUUUUCGGUCAGCUGACGCCUCAGGCGCUUACCCAGCGUGUCCUGUGUCGGGUUGCAGGCUCAGGAGUCUGACACGCGCCAGUGGGCUCCUUCCUGCCACUUCUCACGCAGCGCUUUUGAGACGGGUCUCGGCCUUCCUCUUGACUCCCCGAGUCUGGGCUAGAUCCUUUCUCAGUCACUCUGGGAACACCUGCCUUCCCCUUUGUAAUUUUUGUCACAAUUAAAUUAGGUAAUGCUUUCUGUUUAACGUCUGCCUCUCUCUACUAUUUUUAAGUUCUGUAAUGGCAAAGACGCUGUCUUGUUCGUAACUCUUUGGUCAGCACCUGGCACAAAUACCUGCACA